UCUCUCUCUCCAGUUGCUAUAAAGGGAGAGACAUUAGAGCCGCUCCCUCCGCUCGCACUUGGGUUAACAUGGCGGUGUAGAUCAUCCCGGAGUCUGGCAUUGGGAGUGGGGAUCUGCCAAAAGCAGCAAUUCUGGAACCCAGUCAGCCACCCUCCGCGACCCGGGGAUAAGACACGUUUCUGCAGAAGGACCCCCCUCCCCCCGGCCACUCGGCGCAGGCAUCUUAUUGGGAGUAACCAGAGCCACUCAUCCUGGAGGUGACUGUCUCUGCCUGCCAAGCUGGACACUUAACUAUGGAAUGCAUUCAUCUUCUGAUACCCUCAAGCUUAAGAAACUGUGUUAACACUACCCAGAGAAGCAUUAGUUAGCAGUGAAACAUCUCCGAAUACUACAAAGCACUUUCUCAGAAAAAAACUAGUUUACAGAAGCUUGGCCAGGUGUGCUUGUUAGAGUGUGUGUGUGCGUGUGCGUGAGAGAGUCUGUCAGUGAUUCUUCCAGUUCCUUUUUCUGUGCACAUACUUGAAAAAACCCCAAAAAACAAAAUGAUGCUGGAGGAUUACAUGUGGAUGGUAAUAGUGGGCUUUAUAAUAGCCUUUAUCCUUGCUUUCUCUGUGGGUGCGAAUGAUGUGGCCAAUUCUUUUGGUACUGCCGUAGGCUCGGGUGUCGUGACACUACGCCAGGCCUGCAUCCUGGCUUCCAUUUUUGAAACAACCGGAUCUGUACUGCUAGGAGCAAAGGUUGGGGAAACUAUCCGGAAGGGGAUCAUUGAUGUUAACCUGUACAACGGGAGUGAAAGCGUGCUUAUGGCUGGCGAAGUCAGUGCAAUGGUUGGUUCUGCUGUCUGGCAACUCAUUGCUUCAUUCCUGAAGCUUCCAAUAUCAGGCACACAUUGCAUAGUUGGAGCCACCAUCGGUUUCUCGCUCGUUUCAGUCGGUGCUCACAGUGUCCGAUGGAUUCAGCUCAUCAAGAUUGUUGCUUCCUGGUUCAUUUCCCCACUUCUAUCUGGCGCCAUGUCCGGCAUACUCUUCGUUCUAAUUCGAUUUUUCAUCUUGAAAAAGGAGGAUCCAGUACCAAAUGGCCUGCGUGCACUCCCACUCUUUUAUGCUGCUACUAUAGGGAUCAAUACCUUCUCAAUCAUGUACACAGGAGCUCCACUACUAGGAUUGGACACUCUCCCCUUGUGGGCAAUAGCACUGAUCACCCUUGGUGGAGCACUGGUGUGUGCACUCGUUGUGUGGCUGUUGGUGUGUCCUUGGCUGAAGAGGAAAAUAGAAGGUAAACUGAAGCAAAGUGUGCUGUCCAGGAUAUCGGAUGAAAGCCUUGAUAAAAGCCAAGAUGAGGAAACGCCAGUAUUUAAAGAGCUGCCGGGUGCAAAGGUGGCAGACGAGUCUGUGCUGCCUCUCACUAGUGAAGCCUCUGAGGAAGCUAGUGGAGUCCCAGACAGCCACGUCGUCGCUGGAUCAACCGGAGUUUCAAAUGGUAGAGCUGCAUCUCUCACAAAUGGCAGCCUGAAAUCUCCGUUUUCAAAUGGUGCGUUUAAUUUUGAAGGGCACACAAGGAGUGACGGUCAUGUGUACCACACAGUCCACAAAGACUCCGGCCUGUACAAAGAUCUCUUGCACAGAAUGCACUUCGACAAGGUCACCGAUGAUCGGACGCAGCCCGAGAAUUCCUACAGGCUUCUCCGUCGCAACAAUAGCUAUACAUGUUACACUGCUGCCAUCUGUGGCAUGCCUGUGCAGCCGACCUUCAAGUCCUCUGACUUUGUGGGGACAGAGGACAGCGAGAAGCUUGUGGGUGAAAUGGCCUCCUACUCCAAGAAGCGGCUCCGCUAUGACAGCUACUCCAGCUACUGCAACGCAGUGGCUGAGGCAGAGAUUGAGGCGGAGGAAGGAGGGGUGGAGUUGAAGCUGGCUAGUGAGCUGAGCGACCCCUUGCCACCACCAGAAAAUGCCAUGGAUGAAGACAAAGAGGAGGAGGAGAAGCCCCAGGUCCAUCUGCUCUUUCACUUCUUGCAGAUCCUCACGGCUUGCUUUGGGUCAUUUGCACAUGGCGGGAAUGAUGUUAGCAAUGCGAUUGGCCCCCUUGUUGCUCUUUGGCUAAUCUACCAGGAAGGAGCUGUACUGCAAAAUGCCUCCACACCAAUCUGGUUGCUGCUAUAUGGUGGCCUGGGCAUCUGUGCUGGUCUCUGGGUCUGGGGAAGGCGAGUAAUUCAGACGCUGGGCAAGGAUCUCACCCCAAUCACCCCAUCUAGUGGAUUCACUAUUGAGUUGGCUUCGGCGUUCACAGUUGUGGUUGCUUCCAAUGUUGGACUUCCUAUCAGUACCACACACUGCAAGGUUGGAUCUGUGGUGGCUGUGGGAUGGAUCCGAUCACGCAAAGCCGUGGACUGGCACCUAUUUCGUAAUAUCUUCCUGGCCUGGUUUGUGACCGUCCCAGUCUCUGGUCUCUUCAGUGCAGCUGUUAUGGCACUGCUUGUAUAUGGAAUACUGCCAUAUGUUUAAAUUUUAUUGUAAUUUUUUUUUUAAAAGAUCUUUUUAACCAGCAGUGUGAGGUGUCCUUUUUCUUCCUGACCCCACCCCCUUCACUUUUCCUUCUCCCGCAGCAUCCCUCCACCAACCUCAAAGAGCUGGUGUAUUCCUUUUUCUUUCUCUCUCCUGUUUCAAGAGGAAUUCAACAGUUACAAAUUGAUUUACAUUUCCAUCUUCUCCAUUCUCUCACAUGCUGUAAAUAACACUAAUACACUCAUUUGACAAUUUGGUAGCAUGUAACAGCAAAGCACUGUUACAUAGUGCAUCUGUGUACAAGUGAGUAAUGCUGCCCAAAUCAUGGUGUUUGUGGAAUGGAUGGUAUUGCUUGGAAGACUUGGCCCCCCCCGCCCCCCAGCCUUUUGUAGUACUGAUGUGUGUGAAGAUGCUGUAUAUAUUGUAUUAUUACACACUAGAAAGUUUUUUUAGAAUGGAUCUGGGGAUAUGGGGAAUUUUAAAAAGGAGAUAUAUAUAUUAUGCUGUGGUUUACCAAAAUCAUCCUUCUGAUGCAAGACGAGGUACAAAAACCCCUGCUCUCAGUCAUUCAGCGUUUUUUUUUGCAAGACACUGUUACUUGUAACUGGGCCUAGUCCCCUUCUACCUUGCAUGCUACAAACACCAUAACCCGAAUCAGGAGAGAUUCAAUGUUUCAUGGAAACUUGAUGUCAUAUUAUAAGCUUGACACUUGUAUUAUAUUGUAAUUUCUAUUGUAAAUACUUUCUAAAGAAGAGAUUUAGGUUUGUGUGUUUCUUUUUAAAUUGGGACACAUUACACUCACUCAUUUUAGACUUAAAAAAAUAUUGAAUGUACCAAAGAUUCAAGAAUAAAGAUUUGACAGUAUUUCCACUUUGGUUUAUUGAAAUGCCUGUUUAAUUCAGGAUCCUUCUACAGUUCUUGCUACUUAAGUGACAAUUGGACUGUUCUCACUAGAAAUUGAUUUCUUGGAUUCCAUUCAACCAAAACAAUAAGUAUUCUGUCUAGAAGAUGGCAGCAAGAUGUUAUGAAACCAAAUAUCAAGGUAGCUUUGGAAUAAUUGGCAGCCCCUGGACAAUGCCUUUUCAUAAUGUUGUUCAAUGUGCACAUUGGUCUACAUUACUGUAUACCCUGUGAGGAGGUUGGGGUUUUCCUAAUCACUGCUAUAACCAGUUGGGAUGAUUGACAGGAACACUGGAGAAGCAGUACUGACUCCAGAUUUCCAUGAAGCCUCUGCCCAAGUUACAUUGGACAAUUGAAAACCCCUCCAGAAAUUCAAGCUCACAAAAUGACUAAUCAAACACUUGGCAAUAGUCAACUCUGAGAUACCACAGUAAUUAGCGGUUUUUCUUUUAUUAAAACUAACUUCAUGAUGCAUGCAGUUAAAUCAUAGUCCUUUUCUUUUGUUUUAUAUUUCAAGAAGAUUAUAUCAAUUUGAGCACUGUUUUGGGGGCAGGGAGAGAAAGAGAGAAGUAAGAUGUCAGUGACUUUUGUUAUAUAAUCCACACAUCAAAUGCAUGAAGACCAUUGAGAUUCUUUUUUAGUUUAAUGACCCACAUCAUUAGUCAACCAUUGAUCUCAUUGCUCACUCAUUAUAGAUCAACCCAUUCCUGAGAUAUAUGUUGUAUGUCUCCUGUUUUGAAGUAUUUUGUUAUAGAUCCAAGACUGGUCUAUCUCCAGCAAUUAUUGGCUUGCAAGAUGACAGAUAUUCCAUGACUCACGUUACCCUUAGAUGUGUAGAUUACAAAGGCGUUCACUAGAAUAAAUGAACAAGCAGUUUCAAAGAGGCGAUUGUGAGAAACUUUCCCUUUGGAACUAACCUGUUCUAAAAGCUCCAAUUGGUUAAGUUCAUGUAUUGGCACCACUUCCUGUGCUGUAACAAUUCUGUGGGCUGUUUUUAAUUGAUUAUUAAUCCCAUAUCUGUUAAAAUUGAGUGCAAUGAAAAAUGUAAUACCAAGUGUGUCAAGUGUUUGUAAGUGAACUGUGCAAAUUGCAGUCUCUACCCUUACAAUUUUCCAGAACUGUUAUGUUAAAAUGGAUUAUAGAAACUGCAGAUCUCCUGUCCAUUGCUAUAACUAGGUGUUUUUCCUCUGGUUUCUGAAGAUUACUUGUACUAAAAAUCCCGUAUCUGUCUGAUAGAAAACCUAACCCCCAAACUACCCAUUUGAAAAAAAGAGCCAAGAAGAGCCUUUUGCUCUCCUUGGUUUCAGCCUUGGCUUAGUUGUAGAAUUUUCACCUCUGACUCAGAACAUCGUGGGCCAAGUACUGAGGAAGUGUUGCACUUUCGGAGGUGCAGCAUUUCAGAUGAGGCAUCAGAAGGUUCUUAUCGUUCUUGGGUUGAUGUAAAUAAUGCCAUAGGACCGAUUUGAAGAAGCAUUGAGUUCUACAGUGUGUCUUAGCCAAUAUUUAUCCCUCCAAUCAACAUUACAGAAACAUUAUCUAGUGAUUUUCCCAUCGCUGUUUGUGGGAUCUUGCUGUGUGCAAAAUGGCUGCUGAAUUUCCCUACACUAUAACAGUGACCACACUUCAAAAAUGCUUUGAUGUCCUGAGGUAGUGAUAGGUACUGUAUCAAUGCAAGUUAGUUCUUUGUACAAUAGUUAAUCAUUUGCUUUCGAAAUGUUAAAUGGUUACCCUGACCCAUUGUAUUAAAAUCCCAUUCGAGUGUUCGGUUCCCCAUGCUGCAGGUUGAAAUCCCUCCAUUGUGGUGCAACUUGUUGUCUUCCAGGAAUCUAUUCACUGUAAAUGUAUUGUUUUUGAUUAAUUGUAUCAUAUUUGGCAAUAACUGAUUUGUUUUGUUCUCCCUUCCAGUGGGAGAGAAAAAUCAUUCAUUUGUACUAAAGUGAUGGGAAAUUUUAAAAUCUUUUUAAUGAAUUUUAUUAAAACAGA